AUGGACGAGCUUCUGGCAGAGCUUCAUCUGGAAAAGUAUAAAAAGUCCAAGCUGAGCCUGAAAGAAGUGUUGUGUAUAAGUAAGGAGGACGAAGAUGGAUCUUCUUUGAGGACCAUACCAUCAUGGAGCUUCCUGAGGAAACUCAUCGCAUUGGAUGGAACAGCUCGAAACACAAGGCUGAAUGCGUGUGAAGAAGAGGCCACUGCUGGCUUCAGCAAUGAAGGAAAUAUAUUUGAGGCAUUUGAGAUGUCAGCUAGAACUUUAACCCAUUCUGUCCACCCCCUGGAUGUUCUGUGCGCUGCAAUGACUUGUUCAGACAGUUUUCUACAGCAAGAGAUAGUGAACAAAAUGUCCACAUGCCAGUUUGCUGUCCCCCUGCUGCUCCCUGCUCGUGAUGAUUCAAAAUGCAUCUUCAUGCUAUGGGCCAUGAGAAACAUCAUAAAGAGAUGGAGACCACCUUCGUUAUUAAGUUCGAAAGGCUUUAGAGAAGAAAAUAUAACGAACAUAGCUAUGCCUAUCUUCUCCUUUGUGAGAUUGGGCAACUGCAGCCUAUCAAAGUCUAGAGUUCUCAAUAAAAUUUUGAGCCCCACUCACACUCAUCAUGACUUCUUUGUACAUCAGGACAUGGAGCUUGGCUAUCGUUCUAGAACCGUCUCUGAAGGUCUUCUCGAAAUGUCCUGGUAUUUUCCAAGUGGGAGUGAAAACUCAAAUGUGUUUCAAGAGCCCAUAGCUGUCACAAAUUUGCGUGGAGAUCUCAUUUCCAGUCAGAAGCAGUUCAGCUUUCUUACAAACGUGUCCUCUGCUGUGUUCUUUUUCUCUGAAGACAUCCAGGAGAACCAUUGCGAAUUCAUCGAGAACUUUGCACAGGGCAACCCUAACUAUUUCUUUGUUAUCUGUCCACAAAAAGGCCAACAUGUCGGGGGGAAAAUGAAGACCCUUAAAAAAUUAUCUGUACUCCUCAACUUGAAGAACAACAGCAUUUUAGUGAAGGACUCAUCCAUGAAUGAGGCUGAGAUUGUAAAGGAAAUACAGGCCAUUAUGAGAAAUUUAACUAAGGUGUCUUCCAACCACAAAAAUCUGGCAGAUCUUGAAAGCGAUGCCAAGAGACUUGAUAUUUUCGUAGAUGAAAGCUCCAGUGAUUGCCAAAAGGCUAAACACUUUGCUAUGAAAAUCUGCAGAAAAAUAGUGGACGUCCCACAGUAUAAAAAAGAAACAUUGAUCCUGCAGAGGGACCUCUGGAAAAGAAUCACGAAAAAUGAGAAAUAAAUUUUCAGGAUGAAAAAACCUAAUGACGUUGAUGUGGAAGUUUAUAAGUCAAAACUGAUCACAGAAAACGUAGAGCUGCGCAACCAGCAGAGCCAGCAGGAGCUCCAAAGAGACAUCAAGACGUUCCUGGAGGCUCUUAUCGAACUUUCUUCUACGGAAAAGCUUUAUUUCUUAAAGUGGAUGAAGUUCUUCCUGGACAAUAUCGCUCGAUCCAACCUGUCGGAGUUGCAGGCCGAAUAUAUAAAAUACUCCACCAACAUAGCGGAACUAAAACGCAUUGACCGCCAAAUGACAGACAGCUCUCUCGGGAUUGAAAACUUUUUGCGUGAACUGGGACAGAUGCACGAGGCAAAGUUUUUUAAGAAAAAUCAAUCUGAAUUGAAAGUAACAUUUGGGAACCUUCCAGGGAUAGCCGCUGAUCUUCUAUUGGAAGGGUUUCCAUUGGAGCUGGUUGAUGGAGACACCUCCAGCAUUCCACUGCAGUGGAUAACAGAUGUUUUCAAUCAGUUGGACACCAAAACAGGAAAAAAAUGCACAAUGAGAAUAAUUACAGUGCUGGGGGUGCAAAGUACCGGUAAAUCCACCCUUCUCAACACCAUGUUUGGUUUGCAGUUCCCAGUGGCCAGCGGACGAUGUACACGAGGAGCCUUCAUGACACUUAUUAGAGUUGAAGAGAACUUCAAGCAAGAGAUGGGUUGUGACUUCAUUCUGGUGAUUGACACAGAGGGGUUGAAAGCUCCUCAACUAGCUUCUCAGGAGGACAGUUAUGAACAUGACAAUGAGUUAGCCACGCUGGUUGUUGGGCUGUCAGAUAUCACCAUAGUCAACCUAGCCAUGGAAAACACAACAGAAAUGAAAGAUAUUUUACAGAUUGUGGUCCAUGCUUUUCUUCGGAUGAAAGAGAUCGGAAGGAAGCCCAACUGCCAGUUCAUACAUCAGAAUGUGAGUGAUGUGUCCGCUCAUGUUAUGAAUAUCAGACACAGGAAGACACUCUUGGAGCACCUGAAUGAAAUGACCAAAGCCGCAGCAAAAAUGGAGAAGCUCGAGGGAAUCACAUCGUUCAAUGACGUCAUGGAUUAUGAUCUUAAUGAACACACUUGGUACAUUCCUGGUCUGUGGUACGGGGUCCCGCCUAUGGCUCCAAUAAAUACUGGAUACAGCGAAAACAUCCUUUCCGUAAAAAAAAACUUGCUUCAGUUCAUAAAAAAGAAGGCGGAGAGGACGCAGAAUAUCCCAACAUUUCUCAAGUGGCUGCAAAGUUUGUGGACAGCUGUGAAACAUGAAAAGUUUAUCUUCAGCUUCAGAAACAGCUUAGUGGCAGAUGCCUAUGACCAACUGUCUAUAAAAUAUUCAGAACUGGAGUGGGGCUUUCGCAGAGCGAUGUACAACUGGAUGACGGAGUCUUUCAAUUCCAUCAAAAAUCAGCAGAAAAGUGAAAUAGCGGAGAACAUGAUGAUUACAAUCAGCACUUCCAUGCCUGAAAAGCUUAAAGAACUAGAAAGAAGAAUGCAGGAAUCACUGAAUUUGUAUUUCGAAAGUGAACUGGAAAAUUCACAUCUGGUCGAAAAGCACCUACAGGAUUUCUUUAAAAGUAUAAAAAGUCUCAGAGGGGAACUUUUUGAAGAGUGGAAUGCCAAAUCCUGGGAAGUUGUUGGUAUCCAGAAGAUGAAAUGUAAGAUACAAGAUCUGAAGGAUGAAUACAGUGCAAAAAUCGAAGCAGAAGUCAGUUCUCUCUUGGAUUCAUGUAAGGAAAGAGAAGGAAAGAUCAGCGAGAGGGAACUGGAUAGUAAGUUUGAGGUUACGUGGGAGGACACAGUAAAGGGACUUCAGAUCCCUCCCAUGAAGAAAAAAGACAUUGACCAACAAAUGCUCCAACAGUUUCAGAAGGAGAUGAAACACAAGAGCGGGGUCAUCAGUCAACAGUUAAUAGAUAUCAAAAAGCUUUCUGCAUUUGCUCAUGCUUCGUUUAAGGAGAAGGAUGAACACGUCGAUCUUCAGUGGUACAAAAAGAGCGAACAACAACCAUGGUACCAGGCAGCAGGUUUUAAGAAUUUCGACAAAGAUGACUACUGCUAUAAAACAAAGAAGAUAGCCGAAGAUCUACUGAACCAAUCCGUUCACUACGUAGAACAGAAAGUUAGUACGGACAACGAUUAUCAUGAUGCAUUUUGUUCAGAGUUGCUAAGCAUGGUUAAUCACAGACUAAGGCAGAAUGACGUGAAGAAGCUUCACACAACCGACCAAUUCGAACUUGACCUCAAACUCCUUGUUCUCAGCAGAGCAGCUAAAAAGUUCCAGAAGAUGCACGAUGACUUCGUUGAACGGAAUGACUCCCUCCUGUGUCUGCGAGCCGCCAAAUCUCAAUAUCUCACUAUUUUCAAAAACGUAUUCCAGAAGAAGGAUGAGUGCAAAACCAGGGCAAAGCGGUUCUGCCAGCAGUGCCUCAAACCGGCCGUAAUGAAAUAUGUCAACGAUCACCUUGGGAAAGACAUUGUGAACGACUUACUCCACGGUGGAGACAACGUGAUAUUCAUGAGUCGGACUUUCUUCCAACUCCGCGUGCUCCAAAAACUGAUUGAAGAUGAUAAAUUUGAACAGUAUGUGGAGUAUAUUAACAACUACGAGCGAUUCGUCAAGAACACUAUCUUGGAGUUGAUCAAAGAAAAAUAUGCAGGACCUGGACGCCUGGAAGGCUUGCUGUCCGAUAUUGCCGCCUCCAUUCUGAACAAGGUGAGAGGAACGUUGAAAGAUGCACAAAUCCUAGCCAGUAAUAAUGUGUCUGAUUGUCUCUCCAAGAUCCGUAAGAAGUUAGAGAAGGAUUUGGUAAUAUCUCAGGACAACAUUAGGGUGACCCUCUUUCAGAAUUCUGCAUCUGUCGGUCAGUUCUCUGCCGACGUUGACUUCUACCUUUCUAAAACGGAAGAAGACAUUCUUGCAGAUAUCGCAUCUCUCGGCAUUGAAUCUCUGCUGGCACAAAUGACCCUCAAACCCGAAGAUGAAUUGUUUAAGAAGGUGAUCGGCUGCGGGAAGCAGUGCCCAUUCUGUAAAGUCCCCUGCGAGGCCGGCUGUGCUGAACACACAGAGCACUUUGCCACCGUCCAUCGACCUCAAGGUCUGGGGAGAUACAGAUUUGUUGAUUCAAAAGUACUGUGCUCUUCACUUUGCUCUACUGACGUGGUCACUGAGAUCUUCAAAAACGUGGACACGGACUGGAAAUUUCAUCCGUACAAAGAAUACCAUACAUUUUACCCAGACUGGAAGAUACAGCCAGAUCCGAGCAUCUCGGCCUCUGAUUACUGGAAAUUCAUUUUCCAAAAGUUCAAUAAACAGUUUGCAAAGGAAUACAAGGCUAAACCUGCCCAACUUCCCGUAGAAUGGUAUGUCAUAAGCAAAGAGCAAGCCAUUGAGAGCCUGAAGGAAUCCUACCGUAUGAAAGAUUGA